UUGCCCUUCCCAGCCUUUAAAUUCCCAUCAUCACCUUUCAAAGGAGUUGUGUGGACCAACGUUUAUGAAUGUGCCUCUGAAAAAGUUGCAGAGCCUUCAAAGACACUAUCUUCCACUCCUUUUCGAAUAAUUUCCCCCCAACAAUGGACGCCAUUUCUUCCUCUUUCCUCUCUGGCGGAAAUCUCCUUCUCUCUCCGCCAAUUUCCAUCUCCCGGCCGCCCAUUUCAACCGCCAUCUACUCUGUUCUCACCGAAGAAACCGUAAAAAAAACUGCUCCCCGACCAGAUGCCGAUUCUCCAUCGCCAUCUUUGCCCCGACGAGCUUCACCCCCUCCAGCUAUUGCGAAGGGCUCUUCUACCAGACGAAUUGAGCCAUCUCUACCGGCCAGAUUCUUCAACGCCUUCGACGACUUGAUCAACAACUUCAUAAACCCGCCAGUCAGUCCGUCGGUGGAUCCACGGUACGUCCUCGCCGACAACUUCGCUCCGGUGGACGAGCUUCCACCGACGGAGUGUGAAGUCAUCCAUGGCUCGUUGCCUCCAUCUCUCAACGGAGCCUACAUUCGUAACGGCCCGAAUCCUCAGUACCUUCCUCGUGGGCCCUACCACUUGUUCGACGGCGACGGAAUGCUUCACUCUCUUCGAAUCUCCAAUGGCCGUGCCGUUCUGUGCAGUCGUUAUGUGAAGACUUACAAAUACACUUUGGAGCGUGACGCUGGCCAUCCUGUUUUCCCCAACGUAUUCUCCGGCUUCAAUGGCUUAACUGCCUCCGCCGCACGGGGCGCCGUCGCCGCCGGCCGGGUGUUAACCGGCCAGUUUAAUCCGGCGAAUGGCAUUGGCCUUGCAAACACUAGUUUGGCUUUCUUCGGAGACCGUCUUUACGCCUUAGGUGAGUCCGAUUUACCGUAUCCAAUUCGAUUGACUCCGAACGGCGAUAUUGAAACUCUCGGCCGCCAUGACUUCGACGGAAAACUUACUAUGAGUAUGACUGCUCAUCCGAAAGUAGAUUCCGACACAGGCGAGGCAUUUGCAUUUCGGUACGGUCCGUUGCCUCCGUUUUUAACCUUCUUUCGAUUCGACAAAAACGGAGCCAAACAGUCCGAUGUGCCGAUAUUUUCUAUGAAUCGACCAUCGUUCCUACACGAUUUUGCAAUUACUAAAAAGUACGCUGUAUUUACAGAGAUUCAGAUUGGAUUUAACCCUAUGCAGAUGAUAGAAGGACGAUCUCCAGUCGGUUCAGAUCCAUCCAAAAUUUCAAGAGUUGGACUAAUUCCUCGAUACGCUAACGACGAAUCGAAGAUGAAGUGGUUCGAUGUACCUGGAUUGAACCUGGUUCACGCCAUUAACGCUUGGGAUGAAGACGAUGCUGUAGUUUUAAUUGCGCCAAACAUUCUCUCCGUCGAACACACGCUGGAGAGGAUGGAUCUGGUUCACGCCUUAGUGGAGAAAGUCAGAAUCGACUUGAAAACAGGAAUAGUAACGCGGCGGCCAUUGUCGACAAGAAACCUAGACUUCGGAGUGAUACAUCCGUCGUACGUCGGGAAGAAGAACAGAUUCGUUUACGCCGGUGUCGGAGAUCCAAUGCCGAAGAUUUCGGGAGUGGUGAAGCUCGACGUAUCUCAGGAAGAACGCCGAGACUGCAUCGUCGCGUGUAGGAUUUUCGGACCUGGUUGCUACGGCGGCGAGCCGUUUUUCGUGCCGAGGGAAAGGGAAAGUUCCGAGGAGACACCGGCGGAGGAGGACGAUGGAUAUGUCGUCUCGUACGUUCACGAUGAAAACUCCGGUGAGUCGAGGUUCAUAGUCAUGGACGCGAAGUCGCCGGAGCUCGAGAUUAUCGCCGCCGUGAAGCUGCCGAGGCGGGUCCCUUAUGGUUUUCACGGAUUGUUCGUGAAAGAAAGUGACCUAUAAGCUAUGAAAUGCUUCGUAUCUUAUUAACACAACCGUUAUUUUAGGCCGAACCGGACUUUCAACCAGACCGCUAUAGCCGGUUCUCCCUUUGGUGCGGUAUCAUUACAGUGUAUAUAUGCACUCGAAUUAUAGAAAAGGUAUUCAUAUCGUUGACGCAUAAAAAUAAUUUAAAGGAAGAAUUGUAUGUCAAUUAGCAACCAACAAAGUAUUAAAGUUAAAUAAUUUCAUUUCAACAAUAAACUGUGAUCGUCAAUGCAUCUA